UAUUUACAGCAAUGCUAAAAGAAGACGGAUUGAUGAAAUUAUGGGUAUCAUUGACGGACAGGAAAAUAAGGAUUUAAUAUCCCAGAAAUCACCGGACAUUCCAAUCCCAUUGAAGAAAGUCAUGAAAACUUUACAUGUAGGUUGGAAGCACAGAGAAAGUCCUAAUGAAGUAUAUAAGCAAAUUAUUGCCCCAGUUGGUGGUAUAAAAAAAGUUGAAUUGAAUCGGAACAAAAAAUAUUCUUUUGACGAAAUUAAAAAAAUGAGUAUGUCUGCAAUGGAAAAUAUAUAUAAUAAAGAAAUCUUGGCCAGUUCAGUGAUCCAUUUAGGAAAUUACCAGGAAGAAAUUUUUCACAAUUUCACAGAUUUCAAUAAGAAGAAGAAUACUGAUUUUUGGGACUUUAGUGAUAAAUUGAAAAUAAAAAACUCACAGUUGCGAUUAUAUUUAUUUUCAACUAUCGUUAAGUAUGAAAACAGUAUAAAAGUUUGUUCUUCCACAGUCACUUUGACAGACUCUAAACAGUGUGAUAUCAGUAAAAAAACCGUGACAAAACAGUCAUAUAGCGGAACAAUUAUCUCAUUUUCUCAACCGAAGAAAAAAGCAUCUUCUAGUACUGAAAUUAACACGAGUUCUAAAAAAACGUAGGAAGAAUCAAGGUCUACGGACGAUAAUGAACAUCAAUUGAGAUUCUCGAUACCUACAAUUGAAGAAUCAGAUAUUAAGUUCACCAAGACAUUAUUAGGUAGUGGAUCAUUUGGAUGUGUAAUUUUAUCAAUUUGGAAAAACACAGAAGUUGCCGUGAAGAAGAUAAAAGCUUCUG